CAUUGAUAAAAAAAAAAAACAAACGAAGCGAUUUUUGCGCACGAUGGCAGACCCUCGAAUUCGGCAAAUUAAAAUCAAGACCGGCGUCGUAAAGCGCAUUGCUAAGGAGAAAGUGGUUUAUGAAAAGGAGGCCGAGCAACAAAAGAACAGGGUACAAAAGAUUAAAGACGAGGGCCAGAACGAACACAACAUCCGAAAACAAGAGGAGGUUCUGCAGGAGUGCCUUAUGAUGGUCCCUGACUGUCAAAGACGAUUGGCAAAAGCAUUCGCAGAUCUAAAGAAUACUCUAGAAACAGAGGCAGACCUCAAGGACCACCAGGACUACCUCACGGCUCAGCAAGUGCUAAAAGACGCCGAGUGCCAACUCGUAGCAGCUUCUUAAACGCAUACCUAACUAUUUUUAAUUAUUUAAUAUAAUCGUUACAAUCAUGGCUUAUUAUAAAGAAAAUUUUGAUAACCGGAAUUCAACA